ACAUCUCUCCUCAACACUUUCUUAUCCAUAUAUAGCUUUCACACUUUUGUUUUUAUUUAUCCUUAUUAUCAAAAUCUCAACUUUCAACAAUAUUAUGGCAAGAUUUGCCAUUUGGCUAGCGUGCGCUAUAGCUCUUUUAGCUUCCUCAACAUCCUUCGCUGCAAUAGUGGAGCAUUCUUUCAAUGUUGAAAAUUUUGUGGCGACGAAGCUCUGUCGUGAGCAAGAGAUAACGGCAGUAAAUGGAGGAUUGCCUGGACCGACAAUAGGCGUUAAAGAGGGUGACACUCUCGUCGUCCACGUCUUUAACAAGUCGCCAUACGGCAUUACUAUUCACUGGUAUAUGAAUUAUUGAAUUAGCUCUAGUGUCAUGUAUUAUAUGCAUAUAUGCAAAUAUAUGUAUAUAUAUAAUAGUAAGUUG